AUGUCUCUCUCUACUGCUGGUCAACAGCAGAACAAGGGCCUAGAAGUGUUGAGAAUAUUUACCCAGCCUUGGCAGUGGCAGGAUAGUAGAACAGGAGAUGAGAAGCUCCGCAGCCAUAUGGCUCCGAUCAUCUACUUUGCGGACAACAAACUAGUGAUCAACUAUCAAAAACGGCCACUCAGAGGGUCCAAGCAAGAGCCCAGAGACCGCCGACUCGAUCCUCUUAGCCAAGAUCAAGAAGCCGCCCUUGCUGCGUUUGAUCGCGUCGCUGCAGGAAAUGCCAUUUCCCUUGAGCAAGAACCUGGAGACAUGCACUUUUUCAACAACCUGGCACUCCUACACUCAAGAAGCGCGUUUUACGACGGGAAAGACCAGGCCGUGCAGCGUCAUUUGACUAGGCUCAUCUUCCGUGACUCUGAACUUGGGUGGGAGAUUCCCCAGAAUUUACUUCCGAAUUGGAGUAAGUACUACGAUCACGCAAAAGAAAUAGAACGCUUUCCAGAAGAGCCGCAUCCGUGGGCUUUUUCUCUAGAGGGUCAUGAUUAG